AUGGCAGACCCAACCGAAUCCAAGGUCGCCGAGGUGUACCAGCGAAUCCAGACCCAGCGUCGCAUCAUGGAAGGCAACCAGGCCCUCAUAGCAGCUACCAGCAAUCCCGACGUCAUCCGUCAAGCAGAAUCGCAGAUUCGUGAGGCCCAGCGGAACAUCUCCUAUCUCCAAGAAUCCCUCAACAGCCUCAAAUCGCGUCGUGCCAGCGGUGGUCCAGGUUUCCGCACCGACAGUCCAACAGGUAGUACCACACCAGCCGAUGCCCGACAGAGCUUUGCCUCCUCCAAGACCAGCGGUAGCAGUUCCAUCGGCGGAGGACGUCCCUACCCAGGUGACAGCAGUUCUUCUUACCUCGGCUCCAAUCCUCCAUCGCCCGCUGUCAACCCACGCCGAUAUGAUGGUCGACCGCUGCCUCCGGCGCCAGAGCCUCAUCCUUCCCCUCCCUCUGGUCCUGAAGGCUCCUACACUCAGUAUGCCAACCAAGGCCCUUACGGCGCCGAAACAUGGCAGCCUGCUAUGCAACGCAUGGGCACCAGCGCUCGUCGCAACUACACCAACCUUGACUUGAUCAAGGACGAUACCCCACACACCACCGCCAAGAUCUCGCGCAUGCUUCAUCAGCUCGAGUUCAAGCUUCAGAUCGAAAAGCAGUACAAGCAAGGUAUCGACAAGAUGGCCAAGCUCUACCAAGCCGAAGGCGAUCGCAAGAGUCGCAACGAUGCCGAAAGCAAACGCAUCGAAUCUCAGAGCAAGAUUGUCUUGCUUCAGCAAGCGCUCAAGCGGUACAAGCAGCUCCACGUCAUGGAGGAAGAGGAGGACAAUGCCAACCCUGAAUCCGUCGAGAACCGCAAGCAGAACCUCCGCAAGCCUCUCUCAGGUACCCUUCAGAUUUCGAUUCGUAGCGCUCGUGAUAUCGACCAUGCACCUGUCCCACGUGGCACUCGAUCUGUGCGCGAGUCGACCGUCGUCAUCAAGGUCGAAGACACGCCCCGUGCCCGCACUCAUCCCAGUCGCAACGAGCGAUGGCAAGAAGAUUUCGAGAUUCCGGUCGACAAUGCCAACGAGUUGGAGGUGACUGUUUACGACAAGAUCGGCAGCGCACACCCUGUCCCUGUCGGCAUGCUCUGGAUUCGUAUCAGCGACAUUGUCGAAGAGCAGCGUAAGAAGAAAUUCGGUCAAGUGCCUGACGCCUCUCAACACGGUCACGGUCCUAGCGACGGCUGGGUCACCGCCGACAGUGUGCAACCCCAAGCUGGUGGUGGUCCAUACGCUCCUGCUUCGGCUCCUGGCAUGGAUGGUAGUACCUACAACACUCCUGCUGGUGUUCCCGUCCCCAAUGGUCCCAGUGACGGUGUUGAAGCCUGGUUCGCCAUCGAGCCUGCGGGAGCCAUCUAUCUGCGUCUCAACUUUAUCAAGCAAAACGUCCGCAAGCGCCCCUACGAUGCUCGGCUUGGACGACAGGGCGCUUUCCGAAAGCGUAAAGAGGACGUCGCCGAGAUCAACGGUCACAAGUUUGUCUCGAGACAGUUCUACCAGGUGCUUCGUUGUGCGCUUUGUGGCGAGUUCCUGCUCAACGCGGCAGGUAGUCAGUGCGAGGACUGCCGUUACACAUGCCACAAGAAGUGUGCGCAAAAGGUGGUCACCAAGUGCAUCUCGAAGAGCAACGCCGAAGCCGAUCGGGACGAGGUCAAGAUCAACCACCGUAUCCCACAUCGUUUCGAGCCGAUCACGAAUCUCAGCGCCAACUGGUGCUGUCAUUGUGGAUACAUCUUGCCCCUUGGACGCAAGAAUGCCCGAAAGUGUUCCGAGUGCGAUAUUACUUGUCAUACCGAUUGCGCUCACUUGGUGCCAGACUUUUGCGGUAUGUCGAUGGAGAUGGCGAAUCAGCUGUUGAGCGAUAUCGAGACGAUCAACCGUGUCAAGUCCUCGGCUAAGACGCAGCAGCAGUCGACGCCGAUCAGUGACAGCGGUGCAUUUGGUGCCAACGGUGGUGGUGGUCCAGGGAUGGCAGGUGGUCCAGGGAUGACAAGUGGUCCAGGGAUGGCAGGUGCUCCUCCUGGUAGAAUUCCUCCUCCCCAGUUGCCUCCUUUGGCUGUUGCAGCUGGUGAUGGACGCUUUACAGGAUUGGAGAAGCAGACACAGCAGAUGGCGAUCCAGCCUGAUAUCGCGCCGAGUGCGGGUGCGGGAGCAGGAUAUGGACCUGGUGGACCCUCCCACAGAAUGCAAGCGCUCGAACAGCAGCAGCAACAACAACGACCUGGACCGGGUCCUAACUUUGGUGGCCGCCAACAGCCUCCUAGGAUUGGAGAUGGAAUGUCUCUUUCUGCCUCGAACCCUCGUUUGAGCGACCCUUCGCGUCCACCUCGACCUCUGCCUCAACCUGCCAAUGCUGGCGCCUCGCCUAUGCACCAGCAGAACAACAACAACAACAACAACAACAAGUACGGCGCUCGACCUCAGCCUCCUUCUUCCGCAUACCCUCCACAGCAGCAACUCGCCUCUCAGAUGCCACCCGCAAUGCAACCGGUUCCCAAACAGCAAAUGCCACCCAUGCACCAACAGCAGCAACUGCCACCGACCACCCUCGACCAACAAUCCGGCACCAAGUCAGCAGGCCUCAUCACCACCCCCGCCGGACAAGCACCGCGGAUGCUGCCCUCUUCCCGGCGCAAAAUCGGUUUGGACGACUUUAACUUCCUCGCGGUCCUCGGUAAGGGUAAUUUCGGAAAAGUUAUGCUUGCGGAAGAAAAACGUUCGGGACACCUCUAUGCCAUCAAAGUGCUUAAAAAGGAAUUUAUUAUCGAGAAUGAUGAAGUUGAAUCGACUAAAUCCGAGAAAAGAGUAUUCCUUGCUGCUGCACGCGAACGGCAUCCUUUCCUUCUCGGUUUACACUCAUGCUUUCAGACUACUACCAGGGUUUAUUUCGUUAUGGAGUAUAUUUCAGGCGGAGAUUUGAUGUUGCAUAUUCAGAGGGAACCAUUUACACCGAGAAGAGCCAAGUUUUAUGCCGCAGAGGUGCUUUUGGCGUUGGAGUAUUUCCAUAAACAGGGGAUUAUAUACAGAGAUUUGAAGUUGGAUAAUAUCAUGUUGACCUUGGAUGGUCAUAUCAAGGUUGCAGAUUAUGGUUUGUGUAAGGAAGAGAUGUGGUUUGGUAAUACUACCAGUACCUUUUGUGGUACACCGGAGUUUAUGGCACCAGAGAUUUUACUCGAGCAGAGAUAUGGUAGAGCGGUCGAUUGGUGGGCUUUCGGCAUUCUUAUUUACGAAAUGCUCUUGGGUCAAGCGCCCUUUAGAGGUGAUGAUGAGGAUGAGAUCUUUGAUGCUAUUCUCGAAGAUGAACCUCUCUACCCACUUCACAUGCCUGCCGAUUCGGUGUCUAUAUUGGAAAAGUUAUUGACUCGCGAUCCGACCAAACGACUAGGAUCAGGCCCAACUGAUGCAGAAGAGAUCAAAACACAUCCUUUCUUUAGAGAUGUUAACUGGGAUGAUAUGUUUAACAAAAGGGUACCUCCUCCCUUCUGUCCAACAUUGAAGAAUGCUUCCGAUACUAGCUGGUUCGAUACAGAAUUCACCUCAGAAAAACCAACAUUGACUCCAGUACACUCGGUCUUGAGUUCACAGGACCAGGCUGAAUUUGCUAGUUUCAGUUGGACUAGUCCACAUGUUAUCUAG